UUCAUUCUUUCUUCUUCUACCUUGCGCCUUCUAGAAACUUCAGAACCCGAAGUCAUGGCGGAUCGAUUCUUCCCGAACCCGAUGCCCGAGUUCGUACCCGAAACGACACCGUCCACUCCGCAGGAACAACAAGAAGCACUCACGGUGGGAGACGGAGACUCCCUCUCAAAGCUCCUCGCGAUGCCUCACGUGCCACUCUCGGAGCGUCUCAAACGCGCCGCCUUGGACCUCAAAGAAACCAUAGUGAUAGAAACAUGGGGCGUGUCGGGGCAAAACGUGCGUGAUUUCACUCUCUAUUGUGGCCUUCUGGGCACUGCUUCUCUGCUCUUAAAGUCUUACCAAGUGACCUGCAACACCAACGAUAUCACUCUCUGUUCCCAGAUUGUGAAGGCUUGCGAUGCUGCUUCUAUUCGUUCAAGGGACGUUACCUUUAUUUGUGGGCGUGCUGGUGUGUGUGCCAUUGGAGCUGUGGCUGCAAAAUAUGCCGGUGAUAAUGAGUCCUUGAGGUACUACUUGGUUCAGUUCGAAAAGAUUAAGCUGCCAAAAGAUCUUCCUGAUGAGUUGUUAUAUGGGAGAGUUGGUUUUUUAUGGGCGUGUCUGUUCUUAAACAAGCACCUUGGUCAGGGGACAAUUCCUUCAAAUUAUACUGCUAUGGUUGUGGAUGAAGUCAUAAAGAAUGGAAGGGCAUUGGGUAGGAAGGGAAGAUGCCCAUUGAUGUUUGAAUGGUAUGGAGAGAAGUAUUGGGGUGCUGCGCAUGGAUUGGCUGGGAUUAUGCAUGUCUUGUUGGAUAUGGAUUUGAAGCCAGAUGAGCUUGAGGACGUUAGGGGAACUCUCAAAUACAUGAUAAACAAUCGCUUUCCCAGUGGAAACUAUCCUGCUAGUGAAGAAGAUAGGAAAAGGGACGUUCUUGUGCAUUGGUGUCAUGGAGCUCCUGGAAUGGCCCUCACACUAGUCAAAGCAGCUAAGAUAUUUGGGGAUAAAGAAUUCUUAGAUGCAGCUAUUGAAGCAGGAGAGGUGGUGUGGAAUCGUGGUCUGCUUAAGCGAGUUGGGAUUUGCCAUGGUAUAAGUGGGAAUGCAUAUGUGUUCCUUUCACUGUACCAACUUACCGGGAAUGAAAAGUAUCUAUACAGGGCCAAAGCUUUUGCUUGCUUUUUGCUUGACAGAGCUCAUAAGCUGAUAUCUGGAGGUGAAAUGCAUGGUGGUGAUAGACCAUAUUCAUUGUUUGAAGGGCUUGGAGGCAUGGCUUAUCUCUUUUUGGACAUGAUUGAUCCUUCACAGUCUAAAUUCCCAGCUUAUGAACUCUGAGAAUCUACAUAUUAUGGAAAGGAUGCCUAAUGUAUAAACAGUGUAUUAUUAUAUGACCGAGGAAAAAAGAAAAUGAGAGCCUUAGUUUGUAGAAUAUAUACUUCCUAAGUUUCGUGCUAUGUGAGAACUAUGCUUCAGCAAUUGUGUCAAUAUCCUUCCCUUUACUUUUUGGCUUGUUUAUGCAUGCUUUUCCUCGUCACAAUCAUCUUUACAGGAUAUUUUGUAUGUGAUUGCCCUCUCUAUACCGUGAAAAUAAUGACCUAUGGCUGUACUGGAGCUGUAUUGAUGUAGUGAUGGUGGAGUUUGUGUUGUGAUCUUAAGAAAGAAACUAGGUUGGGUUUCAC